CAGCGCUACGCAGCGGCGGUGGCGAUGCAGCAACCGCCGGAGCUGGCGGGGCUGGAGGCGCCACCGUGCGGGUUUCUCGAAGGCGUUGGCAUGGGCGCGGCGCUGUAUGGCGGUGGCAGAGGCGAGACGCAGGGUUUCUUCGGGAUGGCGGCGGUGGGACCGGACGCGGGGCUUGCGGGCCUGAGCGACAUGGCAGAGGGCGGAGGCCUGUGCUCGUUCGGGCAGGACGCUUUGCCUCGCUUGUACGGCUCCGGCGACUCGCAGGUAAUUGGCGGAGGCAACCAGCAUCUAAUGGUUGGAUGCAGUGGCAAUGCGUUGCCGCUGCCGGCAUCCGACAUGCCACCCUUGGACGAAUCCACCUACAAGGUCGGCCGCUUGUCAGUGGAAGAGAGGAAGGAGAAGAUUCACAGGUACAUGAAGAAGAGGAACGAAAGAAACUUCAGCAAGAAGAUCAAGUAUGCCUGUAGAAAAACUUUAGCAGACAGCAGACCUCGAGUCCGGGGAAGGUUCGCAAAGAACGAUGAACUCGGAGAGGUAGCACGACUGAGAUCCAGCAACCAUGAAUUCGACGAUGAGGAAGAAAUGGUCAUUAAAGAAGAAGAUAUCUUUGACUCCACUGACAUCCUAGCACACAUCAGUGGAGUAAACUCAUUUAAGUACAAUUACACACUAGAAUCCUGGAUAUGACGCAUGUGGCCUAGACGAAGAAAGUCUUAGUUGCAGAC